AUGAGUGCUCCGGAUUCCCUGAAUCAUGUUCGACGGCUGCAUCGCCGAACCGGUCUGGUACAAGUCAAGGACAAACAUAAUGCACCAUCGACCGAGAAGUCCGCGACCAAGGCCAAGCUGAUUAUCACGCCGCUGGACUCCUACCGACGUGAAGCCUUCGCAUCCUACCCGUCAGGAGGUGGAGAUAUGUCGAUAGAGAGCGUUGACGAGUAUAUUAGCAUAUAUCGCAAGGAAGAGCUAUGUCUCAAGAUCACUCCGGACGUCGACCAUCCUGUGGUAUCGGUCGUCUUCCCGAUGUCUAUGCAAGACCCUGACCUCUUCAAAUGCGUCCUCAUGGCAGCCCAGAGUCUACAUGACUGGCGCCGCGACCCUUUUCACGUCAACCGGUCCCAUGAGAUGCUCAAGUUGCACAACGAGGCUAUCCUGUCGGUGCGCAAGCGGUUGAGCGCACCCGAAGCCCACCUUGACGAUGGUGUUCUGGUCGCCAUCACCCACCUCAUGGUGGCCGAUUCAUGUCGCCGCGACCUGCUGUCACUCAAAGCCCAUCUGAAAGGCGCCAGACAGAUAAUUAGCUUACGUGGAGGCCUGAGCAACUCGCCUGCUCAUCUGGCGGUGAAAGCUAUCGUCAACAUGAUGGAAUUCUACAUUGCGCUUGGCCAAUAUCUCCAGAUCAGUCCAGAUGACCCAACCUCGAUCCCCGCGAGGCAAAUCGAAUUCGUCCAACAUCCUUUUCCGCCUGACAUCUGCCGCGACGUCGCUAAGCUUCCCGUCGGUCUGGCGGAGGUGGCGUUGACCGGUCAUCUGAGCGUGCAGUGCAUAAAGCUGCUGGCUGAAGUUGCCUCCUGGGUGCCCUUGGUAGAUGGUGCCACUACUUCGGCCGAGCAAGCAGCAAACUCACGGGAUCGAUACUGCCGCCUUUUCGCCGAGCCCAGAGAGUGCUCGCGUAACGCCAUUAUGCUCCUCCUUGACCUCAGGCGGUCAGGGCUCCCGCCAGGAUUGGAGCAUGUCAUUUGUCUAGGUCUCGCUAUUGCCGUGCGCCAUGUCAGUGGAGAGAACCGCACAAACAUAUUCGACACGGCGUCGCUCGCCGCGUUGACCAAGGGUGCCAGGGCCAUCGACAGCCCGUCGGUAGCAGACUCCGAAGUCCUCAUCUGGAUCUCCUUCCUCGUCAGCUGGCGUACUUACUCUGCUAAGCCCAUUCCCAGGGCGGACAAACUCCUCGACUACGUCUUGGAAUCUUUCCCUGCUUCGCGGACGUGGAAAAAAGUCUCCAUGAUCUGUCGGAAAUUCUGGUGGUUCGAGCGCUUUCAGUCCGAGUGGGAGGAGUGCUGGCGUCGUGCGGUCACCAGACAGCAGCAACGAUCCUUGUCCGAGAGCAGCUCGCACGCGGUCCGGAGUCGAGAGGCGUUGUUCGCCGCUUCCUUGCCCAGUCCGGCGUCUGGUCGCAUACAUUCGAAUGUAGACGAGGUCGAAUAA